CUUGUUUUCCGCCCAGACCCCGGGAGAGCCGAGGGCUGCGACCUGCAGCCGGUGACGGCGGAGCCGCCCAUCGCCCUGUCCUACGCCACCAGCACGGUGCAGCGGGGCUGCGUCAGCAGCAGCUCCCUGGGCAGCAGCCAUGAAGUCCAUGUCCUCAGCAUCGAGUGGUCCAAGGUCUCUGCCUUCCCGCUGAAGGUGUUCGUCACGCCGCGAGCCGGUGAGUGCUCCCGGCCAGCGGUGCUCGUCCUCCUGUGCGCCCGCUGCGCAGCCACCGUCACGUCCCUGUGCCCGGACCUGCUCGUCCGCACUGAUGCCAAGCUUGUCCUGGAGACUGUGACAUCACGGGGUCCUGAGCCACCUGUGGCCACCAGUGAGGGGCAGCUGUUGGCCUGGGCUCGGGAAACCUAUGGGGGCAUCACGUCCUACAGCAAAGUGCGGGACCCCCGCUCAGUUCAGCUCCGCCUGGGAGAAGACGCCAGCAGCCCACCAGAUUGCAUCCCCCGGGAGCACUUCGACGCCAUGCUGCACCUCGAGACGGAGGUCUUCUUCCACGGGGUGAAGAGCUGCUCGCACAGGGAUGCCCAGAGCACCAAAGCCGCCCACAUCGUCCACCUGCAGCCCGAGCCCAGCUCCCCCAUCACAAAUGUGAACCUCUCCCUGACCUGUCCUGAGAGAGCCAUGAGCAACCAGAUCCUCAUCCUGCAGAGCCGGGUCAACCUCACCUGGUCCCUCUCCAUCAACAACUGUCACAUCCAGUUCCUGGUCUCUGGGAACUACAGAUUAGUGUCCAUGUCCACAAUACUGCUCCCUGGGGAGUGGCUGCCUGACACGGAGCAGGGCCUUGUCGCCAAAGCCUUCGAGAAGAACUACAGCAUCAUCGCCUCCUACUCUGCCAUCCCCACCAGCACCCGCAUCAGCCUGGAGAUCCAAGAGCACGAGGUAGUCAGGCUGUCGAGUGACUCUGCCUUCCCCAGGACACCGCCGUGUUACUCAGAAGCAUCCGCCUUGUCCUACAUCAACAGUUUGGAGUUCAAAGGGUAUGUCGUGCAGGAGCUACAACCAGCUGAGAGCUAAGCCAUCUCCCAGCAGGGCUCAGUUUGGUCCACGGCAGCUACUCCGUC